UCUCACAUGUUCCACUUUGGGCAUACCCUUUCCACAUCAACUACUCAUCAUUUACACCGUUCUUCUAUUCCUUCCCAAGGUGGUGGUGAUAAAACAUUAGCACCCCCACAACAGUCAGCACUUCCUUCUUCACUAUACAAUUUGAAUGAUGUUGCUGAACUCAGUGCGGAACGACUCAAUCUUUAUAUCGACCGCCAAGAAGCUAGUGAACGUGUUGAUGUAGACGAACAGCAACAGACCGUCACAUUCCGGGACGAACCCAAAAACAGAAAAGAAUUAUGGAAACAACGAUUUAGAAUCGCCCUUCCCCAUUUUGGACUAAUUUUGUUAUCUGCUGCAUAUACACUUCUAGGUGCAGCAAUUUUUCAUCAUUUUGAAACGCCUAAUGAGAAACAUAUCCGUAAUGAGACUGCACAUAGAGUUCAAUUAUUAAAAGAUCGUGUUAUUGUUCAGCUAUGGACAUUAACAAAUCAAAAUGCCCCUAAUUGGAGUGACCCAGAAUUUAUACAAUGGGCUAACUUCGCGAAUAAUGGAAUGAAUGCUGUUAUUCGAGAUGUAUUUAUUGACUACACUAAAAAUUAUAUGACUCCAGACGAGAUCAUUUACGGUUCGGGUCCAACUAAAUGGUCGUUUGGUUCAAGUAUUUUCUUCUCUUGGACUGCUAUAACAACAAUUGGUUACGGCCACAUUGUGCCUUUAACAAUACAGGGACGAAUAUCUUGCCUUCUUUACGCAUUAUUUGGAAUUCCUUUAAUAUUGGUAACAAUUGCCGAUAUGGGUCGGUUUCUCUCCAAUGGUAUUGUUUGGAUUCAUUCAACUUUACGCAUAAUACGUAGAGGUUGUUAUAGAAGGUUAAGCUGGUUUUUUCGGUUUUUCUUGUGUCGUUGCUGUAUUUAUUUUUGGCGACGAAGAAUGAGAAGGAGGCGAUUGAUGCAACAGUCUAAAGCUGCAAAAUCUUUAACAAAAAACAAAUCAGCUACAGCUACAACGAUUGCUCCAAGUGAAUCAACUGUCUCCGGUUAG